AUGCGUUUUUAUUUUAAUAAAGAUUUGGGUGAAUGUAAAUAUUUCUUUUAUGGAGGAUGUGAAGGAAAUUCGAACAAUUUUGCGCGAGUUGAGGAUUGUGAAAAGGCGUGUUUAUCCAAAGAGAAAAUUCAACAGCCAAUUUCACAACAGACGAAUAGUUUUGUUCCAAUCUCUUCCUCUUUGCCUCCUAUACAAACAACAACAGCUUCAAAAUUAAUUUUAGAAAAUGGAAAAAAUAUUGCUACGGAAGGAAGAUUGCCACCGUUUUCUAGCAGAACUACUCUACCUCCUCCAUUUCCUAUAGAACCAGAAACACCACAAUUGCCUGUAAUUACUUUCCAACCUGAAACUGACAAACAAAACGUAUUUUCUCCCUUACUACCCGAAAGAAAACAACAAAUUACACCUUUACUUGAUGUUAAUAAAUGUCAACAUCCAAAAGAUGUGGGAAUUUGCGCAGCACAGUUUGUUCGUUGGUUUUGGAAUUCUGAAUUAAACAAUUGUGAAACAUUUACAUAUAGUGGUUGUGGAGGAAAUGGAAAUAAUUUUGCCAGCCGUGAGGAAUGCUUAAAUAUUUGCCGUGAGGAAUUAACAACAGUAGACACUUCAAAUGAUGAAAAAAGUGCUUGUGAUGUUGAUAUAGAUCCAGGAAGUUGUGGUGGAAUUUUUAUGAGAUAUGGAUUUGAUAGAAGAACAGCUCAGUGUAGACAAUUUCAAUACGGUGGAUGUGAGGGAAAUGGCAACAAUUUUGCCUCAUUGCUCGAAUGUCGGAGUAAAUGCCUCGAUGAACCUGAAGAGCCUCUCAGCCCAAAUAUUUGUGAACAUCGAAUUGAUCCGGGUACCUGUUCUGGUACUUUUCACCGUUUUGGUUAUGAAACAUUAGCAAAUCGAUGUACAAGAUUUGUUUAUGGAGGAUGUGGUGGAAAUGGAAACAAUUUCGCUUCAAUUGAUGAUUGUCGUGCAGCUUGUGUUCGUCAUAUUUGCCCACCAGAACCUGAAUGUGACACAAGUGGACGUUGUCAACUUGUUAAAGAUUCAAAAGGAUGUUCGCUCUGUAGUUGUCCACCUCCAAGACAUUCGCCAAUAAUUCCUUCUGUUCCACCAUUGGCUCCUCCAGCAGUUGAACCACAUAAAAAUACUUGUCCGCAAUUGGAUGUUAAAUUGUGUCAGGAGCCGUGCAUCAUCUUUUUAAAUCGUCGUGGAUGCCGUGAAUGUGUUUGUCCAAUAAUUACUCCACCGACUAAUUCGUUUCAUGAAUCUCCUCCUGCUCCGGUUUCCAUUCAAGAAUCUCCAUCACCACCGGCAAUUCAAACUGUUUCAGUUCCACAGAUUAACAACCGACAGCAACAACGUCCUUUAGAAUUAUCUUCAGCUUCACCUCUUCCUCCUGCAUCAUUUUCUUCAUUUGUGCCUUCUUCAACGGUCUCUCCUCCAGCUCCACCAGCUAUACAGCCGCCAAGACCUGCAAUAAUCGGUGUUCCAUUUAAUAAAGCUUUGGAACCUUUACCUCCACCAACAACAACAACUGAAUUACCAUUAUCCUCUUCUCGUUCACAACCAGUGUUGUCAAAGAAAUUGCCUCAAACUCUUGCUGAAGCAGUUAUUUCUCAACCAGCUACACCAGAACCUUUGCCUUUUGGCCAUAAUGAAAUUUGUACACAACCAUUGGAUAUUGGUGCAUCUGCAUGUUCUCGUUUUGUUCAACGUUGGUAUUUUAGUUCAGAAAGUGGACAAUGUGAAUCUUUCAGCUACACUGGAUGUGCAGGAAAUCGAAAUCACUUUUUCUCGAAGAAGGAAUGUCAAAUAUAUUGUGCUCGAUUUUCAAGUAAAAAAAAUUUGUUAUUUUAUCAUAAUCACACACACUUGCACUCAUUUAAAUCACAAUAA